UUGUUUAUUUGGUUGGUGGUUUCGAAUCGUGCAUUUGAGAUUUCUGCAAGAUUUAAUAGUUACAAAAAUUAAUAAUUUUCUUCCUGUCUGCCAGAAAUUCGGAAGUUUAACAUAAAAUUUCCUCAAUACUUGGCUAAAGAAUGAUAUCAAUGUCAGAAGAAGAGAAACAUGAACUAGCUUUAGGAUUAGUUAAAAUUUCAAUACUGAGAGAAGAAAUCACGACUGUCCAGUUGGCGAUACCAUUUUACUCAGAAAGCGAUGCUAAAAUAGCGUAUAAUAGUUUACGUAUAGAUAAAGAACCGCCGCGAGGCAAUGUGGUGAAGGAAUUGUCAGUGAAGAGUGAGACUCUGCUUGUCAAAUUCUCUUCUAAGGACUUAAAAAGACUAAAGUCUUCUAUUACAUCCUUUCUGGAUUAUACCAUUUUAGUAGUUAAAACUCUGCAAAAAUUUGGACCAUCUUCCAAGAAAGAAACCGAGAAGCAGACAGAAUGAAAUGCCUUACCUUGAAUUGUAUAUACGUUAAAUUAUUAAACGAAAAUUUUUAAA